GAAGAAGAAAUGUUUCCUUCUUCUAGGAGACAAAUGCUGAGCAGAUUCAAGACAAGUUUGCGCGACGCCAUCGAUCCGCCCACAACUCCAAUAUCAACAACUCCAGUCACCCUACCCACUAAUAAUCCCACACCAACAAUUGUCACUGUGCCCUCCACAAAUCCUGUAACCAUAACCCCAGCCAAUCCUGAUUCAAACAUCCCCUCCACCACCCCUGUCACGAUCCCCCCGCUAGUACCCAUCACCAACCCAGUCACAACACCCGCACCAGUGACGGUGCCAGGUGCGCAGCCCAUAACCAACCCUGUAACCACAUAUCCAGUCCCAACAGGAAAUGUUCCUGCGACAACAAAUGCACCUGCAAUUCCAGGACAGAGUUGGUGCGUGGCAAAGAUUGGAUCAUCAGAGACUGCCCUUCAGUUAGCACUAGACUAUGCAUGUGGCAUUGGAGGAGCUGACUGCUCGCAGAUACAGCAAGGUGGGAGCUGUUAUAAUCCAAAUACCGUGCAGAACCAUGCUUCUUUUGCAUUCAACAGCUAUUACCAGAAGAAUCCCGUUGCCUCCAGCUGUGACUUUGGGGGGACGGCCAACGUAAUUAGCACCAACCCAAGUACUGGUUCUUGCAUCUAUUCAUCGUUUUCUUCAUCACCAUCUCCUACAACAAACACAGUAUCACCCACAACUCCAGCUGCAACACCAAUAACAACAAUUCCGCCGGCAUCAACAGGGACAGGGCUGCCGAGCUCGGGUACUCCAUCUACAGUUUUAAACUCAAGCAAUCCUGCUUCAGGCACAGCAGCAAUAUACGGGUCCGAUACCCCUCCCAGUGUCAACACAUCCGACUCAUCUCCGUUGAAAGUGCUUAUUGCUUCUCCUUUAGCAUGUUUGGUUAGUGGAAUAAUUAUUACGGUGAUGGGUAUUUAGACUCUCCCUGUACAUACAACAGAUGGGUCACGAACCCAUACUGCAGCAAAAGGUGGUUGACCAAUCUAAAUGCUUUCCCUCUUCGAAUGAAAGAACAAGUCCUCCGGGGCAAACUGAGGACAGACAAAUACUGCUCAAUCAACUGGAAGGAUGUUUGUUAGCAACUAGGAAUCUCGAUGUGCAUUAAGAAAUAUAUAUUCUAUGUCUAGUAUAAGAGCAGGAUCCCUUUACAAGAUGUGUUGCAGAAGUAGGCGUAGUUAAAUGAAGUAUAGGAAUUGUGUAUUGGAAUUAAGAUGAAAUGGCAUAGGUGAUGUAGUUCCGUAAAUUAACCAUGUUUACAGAAAUUGUAGGUGGAUGAACUCACUGACUGAAACCAUGUUUACAGAAAUUGCAGAUUUACGUUAGUUUUUACUUCGUUAUGGACCAAGUUUUUUGGGGAGAGAGAUAAAUAUGGUUGGAUAAAUGUAACUGUUGAAAUGUUGCAAAUAGAACACAAAGUUGGACA